CGUAGUGGUGGAUCUGGAGGCGGUGGCACUAGCGGCCUCAGGCAAGAGGAGGGGACAAAGGGGGGGCAUUAUUGCCUACCCACCUUGACUGAGGAACCAAAAACACUUAGUGUUCAUAUUUUCCCACCCCCCUCCAGUGAUCAUCAUCACAACAAACACGUCCUUUUCAAUCCCUAAUUCAUCACUAGAUUACCAUCUCCUAUCCACCAUGUCUGACGUCGCGGAGACCAAGCCUGACCCCACCACCAGCGCUCCUGAGGCUGAGAAGCCCGAGGAGACUACCACCGCUGCCCCCGCCAACGAUGAGGCACCCAAGGCCGAGGAGGAGAAGCCUGUGACCGAGGCAGCUCCUGCUGCUGAUGCCGCCCCCAAGACAACUGACAGCGUCUUCUCCAUGUUCGGCGGAGGCCCUAAGAAAGAAAAGAAGGAGGAGCCUGAAGAGCCUCAGGAUGAGCCCUCUGGAUCUUCCAAGGCACAGAAGAAGGAGGGUGAAGAGGAGGAGGCUCCCGAGUCUCCCGAAGUUCACUUUGAGCCCGUCAUCCACCUGACCGAGACUGUUGAGACCAAGACCAACGAAGAGCUCGAGGAGCAGACCUUCAAGAUGCGUGCUAAGCUGUUCCGAUUCGACCGCGAUACCAAGGAGUGGAAGGAGCGUGGUACUGGUGAUGUGAGACUGUUGAAGCACAAGGAGAACCAGAAGACCCGACUAGUGAUGCGCCGCGACAAGACCCUGAAGGUCUGCGCAAACCACUACAUUGUCCCCGAUAUGAAGUUGAGCCCCAACGUUGGCAGUGACCGCAGCUGGGUCUGGAACGCCACCGCCGAUGUCAGCGAGGGUGAGCCAGAGGCCGCUACUUUGGCCAUUCGCUUUGCCAACAGCGAGAACGCCAACCUCUUCAAGGAGUCCUUCGAGAAGGCUCAGCAGGAGAACGAGAAGAUCUUCGCUCAGGCUUAGAGAGUUGCGAUUGAACUCUCUUUAUGACGCCCAUCGAGUGCAGGUUUCCUAAUCAUGGUUGUCUCUAUCAUAACGAGUUUUUUAUCUAUGGCUCAGGAAUAAAUCACCUUCGACCCAAUUCCCCUCAACAAGCACACAAACUACACUCUUCAUUUCACUCCCCCC